AUGACACGAAGACGACGAGGCGAAGAAGAAGAAGAGAAAGAAGAAGAAGAAGGAGAGAGGACGAAGCAGGCAGAGAUCGAUGGUGACUUGCCAGGGCUAAGACCAGGGGGUUCUACUUCUGUCCCUGUUGUUUUUCCGGGUGGUUUUGGUACUAUGGCACGCGUCCCGUUCAUUGGGCGUCUUCUAUGGACGGAGUAUAUUGCUCUUUUUAUCUCGUUGGGACUGGUGUUUCUAGAAGGGAUCAUCCAUGUCAUUACCCUCUGCCUGCCUCAACCGAUUAUAAAUCUCUGCUAUCGACAGUCCAAGAGGCUGUUCCAUGUGCUGUCUGCGGCGCAGCCUAGACGCCCGAAGCAAGAGAGCAUAUCUGCGGAGGUUGCAAAGGCCUCGGAGUUUACAGAGCUCUGUGAUCUGUUCGGCUACGAGACGGAGGAGCAUGUCGUGCAGACGAAAGACGGCUAUCUGUUGGGCCUCCAUAGGCUGCCAUGGCGGAAGGGCGAGACACAUGUCUAUGAGAACAGCAACGAUGUGGACAACGAGGCGUCGCGGAAGCCCGUUGUGUAUCUGCACCACGGGCUGCUGAUGAGCAGCGAGGUGUGGGUGUGUUUGACGGAAGAGAAGAGAUGUCUGCCCUUCCGGCUGGUGGAGCUGGGAUAUGACGUCUGGCUGGGGAACAACCGGGGCAACAAGUACUCGAAGAAGGCGACGACGAUGUCUCCGUCCUACAGCGCGUUCUGGGACUUCUCGAUCGACCAGUUUGCGUUCCACGAUAUCCCGGACAGCAUCGACUACAUCCUCUCGGUGACGGGCCAGCCGUCGUUGUCGUAUAUUGGGUUCUCUCAGGGGACGGCGCAGGCGUUUGCAACCCUGUCGAUUCACCCAACGUUGAACCGACGGAUCAACCUGUUCAUCGCGCUGGCACCGGCCAUGUCUCCGGCCGGGCUCAGCAACGGGGUAGUGGACGCGUUGGUGAAGGCGUCUCCGGACGUGAUGUUUCUUGCCUUUGGACGACGGAGCAUCCUUAGCUCGACGGCCAUGUGGCAGGCGAUCCUGUACCCGCCCAUCUUUGUACGCAUCAUCGACACAGCCUUGCUGUUCCUGUUCAACUGGAGCGGCAAGAACAUCAGCACGGUGCAGAAGCUGGCGGCGUACGUGCACCUGUACUCGUCGACGAGCACCAAGUCGGUCGUGCACUGGUUCCAGAUCAUCCGCAACAAGAGCUUCCAGAUGUACGACGACAACGCCGGGUCGAAGCUGAGCAUCGCGGCCAAGUCACGCUUCUACAAGCCGGCCAAGUUCCCGACGAAGAACAUCAAGACGCCGAUUGUGCUGGUCUACGGCGGGUCGGACAGCCUGGUGGACAUCGACGUGAUGCUGGAGGAGCUGCCCGCGCACACGACGGCGACGGAGAUAGCACACUACGAGCAUCUCGACUUUCUGUGGGCUCGAGACGUGGACGAGCUGGUGUUCCCGCAUGUCUUUAAGGCGCUGAGCAGCCAGACACGGACGGCGCCGGCCAAGCUGACCGAGCAGUUUGACGGGCCAGCAGACGACACCUGCUUUGUGGACUAUGCCAGUUAG